UUCCAGUUCAAUUGACAGCACAGCCUGUGGGCCUGAAACACGCGUCGGCAUAACAGGUCUUCCUACGCGUCCGUCUCUGCCUCGCGAUCGUACACGAUAUGGUUGUCUUCGCGUUACUCAUAAUCAACAAAGCUGGUGGUCUCAUAUACAACCGGACAUUUGCUCCCGGAUUACAAAAGCUGGACUCGAAUGACUACCUGAUCCUCGCCGGUACCUUCCAUGGAAUACACGCAAUAUCACGGAGCAUUAAUCCGGCUCCGCCAGUUCAGCCGUUACCUGGAAAUAGGAGACCUUUCACUACCGGAAUCGAGAGUCUAGAGAGCAGUCAUUUCAGACUGACGUGUUUCCAAACUCCGACAGGUGUCAAGUUCCUGCUUUUUACGAGCCCGGAGCAGCCGAAUACCGACUUGGUUGUGCGGCGCUGCUAUGAGAUCUAUGGCGACUUUGUUAUGAAGAAUCCAUUCUAUAGCAUGGAGAUGCCCAUCCGUGUGGACAAGUUCGAUCGGGCAUUGGGUGGCUAUCUGGUCAGGCCGUCAUGAAGCAUGUCGCCCAGAGACAUGAAUUUGAGCUUUCGAGACGCCAUCCAUCCGCCAGGGUCAAAUAGGUCACGGUUGAGAGCAGCACACUGCCUGAGACGAAGGCACUGCGUAGCAAUAGCGCAUGUUCUGCGAGGUCACAACGGCCGACACGGUUACAGCUAUCAAACAGCAGCUAUCGAGCAAAGAUACGCAAAGCUCAGCUUCAAGUCACGAAGACUGACGAAGAAAGGGGUCCUUGCGGCGCGUCGCAUUUGAUGGCAUAGUAUUGGAACGCCUGUUUCUAACGAGACAUGCAUUAUGGUUUCGGAACUGUCGCAAUGACCUGCAUAUACACAUCCAAAGACUCGGUAUGAAAUCGCUUGUGUGUGCGUGUCGUGUCCAUAUCCUCCAAUUCAUGACGUCUUCAAAUGUCCUUGGGUAUCCAACAUCGUCUCCAACCGCUUAGUUGUCCUCCAGCCUCAUGCUUAGCAGCAAUCCAUACAGCACUCACAGCAGUCCGCGCAGCACUCGCAUCCCUCCUCACAAACGAAGCAACAGCAGAGCGUCGCAAGACAGGCGGCUAGGCAUCCGCGGUCUUUGCUCUGUUUCUGUUGUGGUGGUGGAGCUUGAGGUGGGUAGCCGUAGUUCAUUUGACCUGGUGGUGGACCGUAGCCUUGCUGUGGUGGACCGCCGUAUGACUGUGGAGGAUACUGAGGACCGCCAUAUUGUGGUUGUUGACCGUAGUAACCCUGGUUGCUCAUGAUUGCAGUUGUCGCAGACUGUAGAGAUGGGGCCUUUAUGGAGGUUCGCGCGAUGAGCGACGGGGUGUGGUUUAUAGGAUCGGAUUGUCUAGGCGGUUAGGUUCGAAGGUUUGAGAUGGCGGAGGUCUAGAAGAAACAGCUGGCGAGGCGGCUCGAGCUGAGAGCGAGUCUGGUGACGUUUUGACUUGCAGCUUGGUUUCAGUCGAAC